GUAAAGUGUCAAGCGAGAAUCGACUGAAGCAAAAAGCAAGCGAGAGUUCUCCUAUUUCCUUUCGCCAUAUUGGUUCUCUCAGUUCUUGUUGAAACUGUAAAUUGAUUUUCUCGGCCUUCUCAACGUAAAAGCACACAAAAUUCAAUUUUUCUUUCAACAAUACCCUCGAGAAUCUUCGAAAACAUUCCGACGACCGACAAGAACAAGAAAAAAUCGCCGUUUCAAUUUUCCGAGAAACGUCCGUUUGUGUUGAGUUGACCUAACUAGUAACUAGACAGCAGCCAGAGUGAAAAAAUGGCGUGUGCAACACUGAAGAGGCCCCUCGACUGGGAUUCAGUUUUGGGCGGAAGCAGACCCGCGAAGAGGAGGAGAUGCGCCCCAUUUUGUACCAGCCCCACGCAACGGGACAGAAUGGACAGGUCCCUCAGCAGCAGCCCCACUGGUAGCCCCAUGAGCACUAACCAAGGUUCGUCCGUUUUUCCGGACGUGCUGGGCAAAAAAUUCACUCCUGAGUACAUGGCAGAAAACAUCAAAGCCGAACUGAAAAGAAUCCAAAGACGCAAACAAAUGCAAUACUCGGGAAUGAUGGAAAAUUGUGACAGCAGCGGCAGCGAAAGCGGAGAAUCUCCUUCACGCUCUGAAAAGCCUCUCUUUACAUUCAAGCAGGUUGGACUCAUUUGCGAAAGGAUGCUAAGAGAACGUGAAACCGAAAUCAAAGAAGAGUAUGACAACAUCCUAAGUGCAAAACUGGCUGAACAAUAUGACACUUUUGUCAAGUUUACUUAUGAUCAGAUUCAGAGACACUAUGGUAGUCAGACUACACCAAGCUAUUUGUCAUAAGAUGUUUUAACGGUAUGUUUUUUGGUUCACUAAGCGCAUUUGUUGUGCUCCUCUCCCCGACUCCCCCGCCUAGUAUUUAAUUAUAAAUAAUAUACAAGUCCCUUAUACAAAAAUACAGACGCAUUUCAAGAUGCCUUAGAACCCGUACACGUACAUAACCGAAUAAAUAUAAUAAUCAUCGCUAACAGCCUUUUGUAUAUAAAAAUACUUAUACAAUCUUUUUUAUUUAUGUAAUAGGUAUAGUUAUUAUUCUUGUCUCUUAUUGGGAAUUGACAUUGUAAAUAUUAUGAUGGCUUUCUUGUAUGUGAUUGUAAUAAUUUUUUUUUUUUUUUGGCAGAAUAAAUGGUAAUUUCCAUUAUAUAGAUUAUAUAUUUAAUUUUGGGGGACUGUGUACGUCAUUUGUAUGUAAUUUUUUUUUUUUUGAAUAGUUAUGAACCAAGACUAUUUUUCUGAGUUUGAGGCUUUUGAAAGGCCAUAAUUGGCUUGUAAUAAUUUAGGGUUAUGCGUCGUGAGUAUGCUUUGUGUAAACUUAGUCAAAUAUAUCUUAUCAUGUUUUAUCAAUUGAGAGGCAGGUUCUACACAUUUAAAAAAAAUCAUUCAUGGUAGCAUUCACACAUUGAACAUAAUAUCCAACAUUUUCAAAAUAUAAAUAGCGAUUUCCAUUUGCAUAUUUAUAUCUGUCUCUGAUAGAUACCAGCAGUAAAAAUAGACGCAGAUUCAUUGAUUACGCGAAAUCGCUAUUUAAAUAGAAUAGACAUCUUACGAACAAUAUUCCAUACUGAGCACUGGCAAUGUGCGGAGCUCUAAGAAAUGGAUAUAAAUAUAGCGCCAUCUGUGAUUCACUCGAGCGGAUAAUUGAUUAGGUUUACAUGGUAAUUUUUCAAAUCAAUGAAUAGUGGCUUUCCUUGAUAAUUGCCAUAAUACCGAGAGUGGCUUGGAAAACUAUUUUAAAUUGAUUUUUAGCUUUAAUAUUUUAAAUGGUGUAUCUAGGAUAGGUACAUAUACAUAUUAUUUUUUUUUUGCCGUGAAAUAAGGUUUUUUUCAAUCUUAUAUUUUUGUUUUUUAUACAGAGUGUGUACAAAAAACACUCAUUCCAAACAUUAUUUCAUGGUAGAAUUUUAUGGCUGUCUAACGAUAGCCAUUUUACCUUUUAUUGUUGGAUCUAAAUUACUAUUUUUCAGGUAUAAGUAUAAUUUUUGAUGAACCACAUUUUCUAGAUUAAAUUAAGAAGGUUUUUUUAGACUAAGGAUAUUUAUUACUACAAAAAAAAAUAUAUUAAAAAUAGUAUAUUGUAUAACAAAUUUUUUAAAAUGACUUCUUUUCUAACAUGUUUUACAACAUCUUUCCCCAUAUAUUGACACCCUACCUGUAUACUAUACCUUUACAGAUGGAAGGAAGGUGUAAAUACAAAAGUUAUGGAAAAUUUAACAUUUUCAAUACCAAAUUUUUUCAUGUCUUGCGUCGUCCGUCUAACUGCUUUUGCACAGUUGUUGCAUUCAGGUAUAACUAAGCAACUUAUGUAUUAACACCUUUUCGUUACCUAUAAAGGUAAAGGAUACAGGUGGAGUGUUAAUAUACGUGAAAACACCCUGUAUGCUACUCCUAUUAUUUUUUUUCAAUUGCUUUGAGACUUUUGCAAAAGUAUAAGGCUAAAUUAAAUAAAUUAUUUUUUUCUCUGAAUUACAUUGAAAGCGGCUUUUCAAUGGCAGGCUUAAAAAGGUGUAUUUUUAGUGCGUAGUCAAAAAGAAAGUUUGUCUGCCUAGGCAGAAAAAGUUGGCUGCUAUGCAAUGUUUCAGGUGAUAUUCUGAAUUAAACUGGUAAUUAAAAUUGACUGAUAUUAAUGAUCGCGCCAGAGUUGGAAUUCUGUAUCGGAGAGACCGUUAUUCCCAUCACUGCUUGCUGUUUUAUUCUCUCUUAUCGAAAUCAAUAGAACGGGGACGCCAAUAGAGAUCGAGAGUUUGAUUGCUAUAAAUAGAGGUAUUUUCUCUAUCUCUAUUGAUUUCGAAAACGAUGGGGAUAACGAUCUCUAUCCGUUACAGAGUCCCAGCCCAGGCGUCUCUUUCAACUAGAUCCAUUUCGGAAAAUUAUUUGAUAAGUUUUUAAAAUCGACAAUGACAAAAGUGAACACUUCUGGUGGACACAAACAAUUCAACAAACAGGAAACCGUACAAUUUACACUGUCACAAUUCUGUGCAAAACCUAAAAUUUGUAAGUUACAAAGUGGUUUAGGAAUCGUUCAGACGGGUUUGAACAAACGUAAUGAAAAUAGUAAAAUACCAGAAUAUCAGCUUUUGUGGACUGACAUUUCAAAAAUGUUGACAUUUUUGGAGGAUCACAAAAAAUAGCUAUUUAUGCAAAAAGUGGUGCUUUACACACAUAUUGCAUACAAAAGUUUUUCUACUACCAAUCAAAUAUGUCUAUGAAAAUAAAUUUAGAUAAAAAACUUUCUGCACUAGUGCAUGAAGUAAUUUACCAGAAAAAAACUAAAUUGACAGUGUCGACAUCUGUCAUUGACUUCACUUUAGGCACUAGUGUGUAAAGUGUUACAGUGCGUGAAGUGGAAUUUUACGUCUGGAAUGAGUACUUUACGCACGGUAGUAGAAAAACAUGUUUUUAAUUCAAUUUUGGAGUGUGUAUUUUGCAUUUUUCAUAGCAAUUGUAGAAAAAUUAAUUAUUUAGCUUAUUUUUAAUUUAUUUUUAGCUUAAUUAUCGUUUAUAAGGUCUGUUCCAACCGACAUGAAAACCGUUCUAGAACGGUAAUUUCCAGUCGAUUAAUUCAUUUGUCAAUUAGGAUGAAGGUUCAACUUAUUGAAGAAUGGGUGGGCAACUGAAAAUUACCGGUCUAGAACGGUUCUCAUGUCGGGUUGGAACAAAGCUAUAACAUCUUGUCUUUCAGUUUUUUUUCUUCAUAUUUAACUUUAAUUUUUUUUCGUGCCUUUUACAUUAUUCAAGAGCCGGUAAUUUUGCUUUUUAUUGUGACAUUGUUUUUUUCUAUUCACUUAGGCCCAGUGGUCUUGGUUCAACACAGUUCAGCUGAACUCAACUGGUACUUGAACUUCCCCAUUUGAAAUGCAUUGUCAAAAUUGAUAGAAUUUGUUUAAUAGCUGACAGCAAUGUAUUUUAAAUGGGAAAACUCAAGUACCAGUUGUUUUGAACUGAGAUUGUACAACUGGGCCUUAGCCGAUGGAAAUGCAAUGACAGAUAAACGGUAGUGUGAAUGUCAUCUUAAUAGUUGACGGUAAAUCCGCUAAAUUCCAUUGACGUCAACUAUUCGGAUGAUGUAAGGAUGGUCUUUUUUCAUGUGAAUAGCAUUUUUUCUUCUUUUGAAAACGUUAGUUUUAACUAUUUGUUAAUUGUAACUAAAAUUUAAGUUUCAUAUUAUUAUUUAAUAAAAGGGCUAUUCAAGUAA